CACCUGCUCCCGGGGAACCAUCCAAUCCAAUGGAACCAUCGAGCUCCACAGCGCAACCAUCUCGCACACAAUCAUCCCAAUCGCGGGGAGGGCAAUCGAAAAAGCGGAAGAAGAAGCGAAAGAAUCGACGGGAAUCCUUUGCGAAUCCCGUGGCAGAGCCGAGCAAUGCGACGGAUACGGAGCAUGAGAGGAUGAUGGAGGCACGAACGGCUGCUGCGCGAGAUAGCUUUUAUCGGCUCAGCCAGAAUGGAGGUCAGAGCAAUACGAGUUUGGAUAUGAUGGAUCACAGCGCAUCGCGUACGUCGAAAGGUCGGUCGAAAUCGAAGCUUGACAAGGUCCAUCCGCUUUCGUCAGGAAGCGAGAGGGAGGACAGAGCUCAUGAUACAUCACCGCUGCUGAAGUCACCGACUCGCCAAAGCGGAUUUGGGACUACAACCGGUUUUGGAUAUGGAGGGACGGGAAGCACCUCGAGCCUCACUCGUUUACCUGGUCGAGGAAGACCAUCGUCUAGAAAUUCUCCCGCCCCGGUCGAGAGACGCCAAUCCAUGUAUAACUCGAUUAUCGACGCUCCCGACUACGACGUCAACAAUCCUCCCUCCGUUCCGGCGAGUCCAGAAAUCGUGCCACAGCAACUGAAUGAUGAGUACUUUCCAAGUGUGGACAUGGACGCUCAUAUACCCGUACAUAGCCCGUCGCGCUCUAGGGAUCCGUUUAUAGACCUCGAAUCCGCCUUCGGUCGCGCAGAGUCGAUAGGAACGACACCGUCAUGGGAUCAAAUCAAGCGACGAAUGACCAAGGCCCCUGAAGAAGAUGUCUGCUUCCCACAUGACAUCCUGUCUGAUAUCGGAGAGGAGCCUUCCCGGCUUAUGUCGGAAACGAGCGUCUCCCCUGUCGACGUAGCGCGCAAGAGGAAACGGAAAGUCUGGCCAAAGCUCGAUAUAUUGGAUCAGUGGAGCGAGCAGGAGAAGGAGGAAUGGAGUCUGGGGAACCUUCGAGCGCGGUCGAUGGUCGAGCCGACGAUGGUUGAUGGGAGAUACAGGCCUCGAAAGCAGGUGUGGCAUCGUCCGAUGGAGGAUGCGCCGUUCCGCUUCACAUACUUCAAUCCGGAGUUUUCGAAGACGAUUCAUAGCCAGACGCUGUCAGGUUUGACACAUGCCGAGUCGGUCACGUUUAAAUCGUUGUUCUUACCCGAUCCACCCGAGCUCGAAAGCGACAGUUCCGAUGAUGACGACCCGCAAGGCGUCUCGGCACAUGGCGAUGCCACCCCACGGAGGCAGUAUUCUCCAUCCCCAUUCGAGCACUCUAGAAAUGGACAUCUCCUAUCUCCAAAAUUUGGAAACGGUAAGGAAAAGAGCCAGCAACCCUCGGAAACCAACACCGGACGGACUACUCCUGUCCCACAUCCGCUCCAGCCCUCGCCACCUCACGAGAAACGCUACGGUCCUCGUCCUACCUUCUGGCUCGAUGUCCUCUCCCCCACCGUGACCGAGAUGCGCGUCCUCCAACGCGCAUUCGACCUUCACCCCCUAACCGUCGAAGACAUCCUCGAGCAAGAAGAGCGCGAGAAAGUCGAGCUCUUCGGCCACUACUACUUCUGCAACUACCGCUCCUUCGAACAAGACACCACGAGCGACGAGUACAUGGACCCCGUCAACAUCUACUGGGUCGUCUUUCGCGACGGCCUCAUCAGCUUCCGCUGGUCCCCCACUCCGCACCCCGCCAACGUGCGUCGCCGCAUCCGCCAGCUCUCCGAUUACAUGGUCGUCUCCGCCGACUGGAUCUCCUACGCCAUCAUCGACGACAUCACCGACGCCUAUGCCCCGCUCGUCCAGGUCAUCGAGGAAGAAGUCGAUGAGAUCGACGACAGGAUCCUCGGCGAAAUUGCCCUCAGCACCAUGACGAAGGAGAAGCGCCUCAACUCCCGCAUGCCGCCCCCCCCCCGCCGCUCGCUCGUCCAGCGCCUCGUCCCGCCGUUCCUCCGCCAUGACUGCACCAUGAAAGACGGCUACGGCCCAGUCGACGAGGCGCGGAAACCCGACGAGAAGUCGGAGAACACGGCGUUAGCGCCGCAGGAGAGCAGCUCGGAUAUGCUGCGGCGGGUUGGCGAGUGUCGGAAGAAGGUGAUGUCGCUGUAUCGGUUGCUGGGGAACAAAGCGGACGUGAUCAGGGGGUUCGCGAAGCGGUGUAAUGAGCAUUGGGCGGUGGCGCCGCGGAACGAGAUUGGGAUGUACCUGGGGGAUAUACAGGAUCACAUUGUGACGAUGACGGGGAAUUUGAGUCACUAUGAGAACCUGCUUUCCCGCGCGCACUCCAACUAUCUCGCGCAGAUCAGCAUCCGCAUGACCGACCGCGCCGAAUCGACGAACAACGUGCUGAACAAGCUCACCGUCCUCGGCACCAUCGUGCUGCCGAUGAACGUGGUGACAGGCAUGUGGGGGAUGAACGUUAUGGUACCGGGGCAAGAGAUCGAGAAUCUGUACUGGUUCUGGAGCAUCACGUCGUUCCUGCUGAUGUUCGGGCUCUUUGCGUUCUUUUUGGCGAGGAAGACGUAUGGGGUGGUGUAA